GCAUCGCCUAGACGUCUAUUACGAUCUUGCUCGAAGAGAGAAAGUCAGUUGGCGAGGACUUUAUAAAGUCUUCAAAAUCCAAAUAUCUUCCUCGCCUUCCGAAGAAACUUGGGCUACCCCUUCGACCAGGCAUCCUGAUAAGGAACGCAACAACAGAGCGCUUUUUGUUCUCUUCCGUUUUGAGUUCUCACCGGUAUCACAAGAAAGAAAGUCUUUCGACAUUUCACACCUAUUUUCUGUGAGGCUGUCUCGAUCUUAUAUUGCUUGGAAGCCCUUCGCUUUGAUCUUUGAGACUCAUAGAAAACAGUUACAUCGGGCGCUACCUGGCAUUUUCAGGCGGUUACAGUACGGAUAAUUUUGACCGUUAACAACCCCAUUUGUAUCCUCGUCGCAUUUUUUUUCCUUUUUCGUAUCUCUAUCCUUAUAUCUCGACGCUUUACGACCUCUGCCGAAAGGGCAAUCUAUCUGCUUUUAGUAUCAGGUACUGCACCUGACGACCGGCCAUCAACCAUCAAAGACUCAUCAAUCAUCACCUCUCCUAAUCACGUCGUAACUCGAUUGAUCGGCGAAACAAUCAACAUUUCACAUCAUGCCUAUCAAAUUCUCCAAGCCAGACACCAAAAAGUGGUUUACGUUGGAUUAUUGGCGACUCGACACUCCUCCGGCCUCCUAUGCAACUCAUGAUGGUUGGAGUAACGCGGAUGUCGAUGUUGUUCCUGUGGAGCAACGGAACUGGCGAGCUAUCAACUACCUCUUCUUGUGGUUGGCUGAUGGUGCCAAUGUUGGCACUAUGCAACAAGCCGGCUCUAUUGUCUCUCUUGGUUUGAGUUGGAGAGAGGCUUCUGUCGCCAUCGCCAUCGGCAACAUUAUUAUUGCUGUCGCGGUCACCCUUAACGGUGUGAUUGGCUCUCGACACCAUGUCCCCUUUUCCAUUGCCUCUCGUGCUUCACUUGGUUUUUACUUUUCUUAUUUUGCCGUCAUUUCCCGUCUCGUCCUGGGUCUUAUCUAUUUCGGUAUUAAUACAUUCAUUGGUGCAUCUUGCACCCUCAUCUGUCUCGAAGCUAUCUGGCCUCAGCUCAAGACCUACAACAAUACCAUCCCCACUUCCCAGGGUGUUACUAGCAACAAGAUGAUUGCAUACUUUGUCUUCUGGGCAAUUCAAUUCCCACUCGUGAUGAUCCCCCCUAGGAAAAUGCGAUGGUUAUUCUUCGUCAAGUCUCUCUUUGCUAUCGUUGCUGCUUUCGCCACUCUCGGCUGGGCUGUUAAGCAGGCUGGCGGUGGCGGUCCCAUCUUUCAGCAACACACCGCUCUCACAGGCUCUGCCAAGUCUUGGGCUUGGUUGGCCGGUAUCAACGUUGCUAUCUCCGGUAAAACCACUCUUGCCAUCAACAUUCCUGACUUGACUCGAUAUGCGCGAAAGACUAGUGACGCCUACUGGCAGAUUAUCUUCAUCCCUAUCGUCUACUGGGUAUUUUCCUUCAUUGGUAUCGUCAUUGCUUCUGCUGGCCAGGCCAUUUACGGCACCCUUUACUGGGAUCCCACUAGUAUCGUCGCCCUCUGGACCUCUCGAGCCGGAGCCUUUUUCGUCGCUUUUGCCUUCGGUUUCGCCACUCUCGGUACUAACAUCUCUACUAAUUCUAUCGCCACAUCUAACGAUUUUGCAUUCCUUAUUCCCAAGUGGCUGAAUAUCAAGCGAGGCGCCUUCAUUACCUCUCUUGUGGGAGGUUGGGCCACUUGCCCUUGGAAGAUCCAAGCUAGUGCGACUUCCUUGACCACCUUCUUGUCAGGUUACAUCAUUGUCUUGGCUCCAUUGGCAGCCAUCAUGAUUGUGGACUACUGGGUCCUUCGUAAGACCCACUUACACGUCCCUAUGCUCUAUCAAAAUGAAGGCAUUUACAAAUACACCUGGGGCAUCAACUGGCGAGCUUUUGUAACUCUUGUGGUUGUUAUCCCCGUCAAUCUCCCUGGUCUUAUCCAUGCCAUCAACCCCAAAGUUCCCAUCGGCAACUUCAGCUACUUCUACAAGGCCUCUUGGCUCACAUCUUUCUUCAUCGCCACUGGAGUCUAUCUUAUCCUUUCUUCCAUCUUCCCUCCUACCUCUACUUUCGUUGAAGCCACCGUCGAGAGCAUGGAUGAGGACAUUUCAGACCCCAUGACCGAUUCCAAGGGCUGGGAGAAGGAAAACGGGCGAGAGUCUGACAGGAACUACCCCAUCAUCAACUCUGUCUAAGUUUCAUGUCGCCAUACCGCACCAGAAAGAGAAUAGAAUAUCUUUAUCAAGAGGAUUUUUGUGAACAGUAAAAAUAUCGUUUACAUUCUUUCACAUUACUUGUUUUUAUAGCUUUUGAUCUAUCAGAGGAUAGUGACAUUUGUGUUAUAUAUGGGAUGUCAUGAACUUAUAAUUAUAACUCAAUUUAUACUUCGUUUUUGGGUUUUUGGUAUGCACUAUAUGUUUUAU